GAAAUGGCACAACACAUUCCUACUUGAUGAUAACUUUCUUACUCUCUCAAUCCACUUAUUGAUCUCAGACCAUGAUGCUUGCGCUAUAUAAAGGACUUGCAUGCGUCAUUCUUAACCCCGUAGCGACUGGCGCCGUAUAUAUGGCAAUCCUGGGAAAUUACACGGCCCAGGUAUUUUACUGACACAGUUUGAUGGGUCACCCUUAGAAACGGGAAGGCUUUCGAAGGCCAACCAUUAACUCUACUGUCGGGUCGCUUUGAGGUUUGGAGUAAUUGCUGAUCCCGUCGUACCUGCGUCAUCAUCAGCGGCGGCCUCACAUAAACCAAAGCACUGCAAACCCAAGCACAUCUCAAUGCCACCAUUGUUCGAAUCCUUACCCCCCGUUUUUAGUCGCAUGUUUUCUCGGAGGUCAGAGUUCGAUCCCGUGAAAUCGCAAUGGGAGAACCCAAACGAUAUCCUAUCUAUUCUCACAAUUGUCGGUGGCGAUAUCGUCCAACGAGCAGUGGCGCAAUUGGCCGGUCAUCCCUCCGGUUUUACACCUGUGGCUUUCUCCUUCGGUUGGGUUGGGUAUUCCCUCAACGCUGUUCUGUCAGCUAUCGGCGAAGGUCGUCUUAUGCCUGAUCCCGACUGCGAUUGCAUUCUUAUGAAUGCGAAAAGUGGAUACGUCAAAGAAAACCGCUCGUGGAUUUUAGGCCGUCUCGUGCGAGACCAUUCAGUCCCUUCCACGCCUGAUAACGGCCUUACCAUCUCCUUCUACGAUAUCGACAUGACGAAACCCCCGGGAGUGCCGUCGCGUGACUGGGUAUAUUAUACCGGAAUCGCCACGAUCAUAAUCCAGCUAGGUAUUGCUGUCAUACCUGGUGCUGUCAACCACGACUGGAAUACGCUUAUCAUCACUGCCGGGGGCACGCUGCUGGCAUUAGCAGGGGGUGCAUUACCUCAGUGGAGGAAUGAAAAAUGGGCAUGUCGUAGACUAGACUCUGACGACCGAAAGGUUGUUUGUCUCACAAGAGGCAAUGGUUUCAAGGAUGUCAUCGUUAUUGUCAGCCAAGGUCAAGGCCAAUUGCGACUGGAGGAUCUUGCCACUCCACGAGACUCUCGCGACCGAUUCACCAUGCUUGCCGCCUCUGUCUUAUUCGUGUUACAGAUAGCACUGCUCCUGACGGUUGCGGGACUACAGAGUCAUGCCUGGUACAUGCUUGCUAUCGGGAGUCUGGGUAUGUUCCAGAAUGGCCUUGCAGCAGGUGCUCGUAGAUCGCCACCUUCCUCUGGUAUCCAUCUUAGGGAGAAAAAUAUCAUACAUGACAGCAAGGUCUUCGAGACUCUGGUGAAAGCGGAGCAGGCUGAGCGGCAUGUUGGGUUAUCGCUUUUGCCAAUUUUCUUUCCCGGAGGAUUGCGAAAGCGGGAGGAACAGUGGAGAGAGGAGAGGCUCGCAGAGUAUGAGAAAUUGGAUAGCGAGAAAGCGAAACUAUCGAAGGCCGUUUCGCUUUUGUCCAACGGUGCCGCCAGUGUGACUGUGGCAUCCGCGCCCAAUUCAACAGCACCGGUACCGUCACUGGGCGAUUCUAAGGCCCAGUGAUGUCUGCGCAACUAGUGUUCUAUUCGUAUUCGUACCUCCCCCCUUCAGCAUCCCUCAAUAUCCUCCGCCAGAAGUUAGCUCAUCUUGGACACUAUUUGACUCUACUGUUCAUUCGAAGUCUCAUCUCUAUACCAUGGCGGCUUUGAUCAUA